GUUUUUCUUAUAUAGUUUUGAUAGUGGCGUCCAAACAAAACGUUGAAAAUAUUUAAGAUUUUGAAUUGCGAUAUUCCGCGAAUUUCCUGGAAAAUAUGACCAUAUUCAAGUUGCAAAGUUUCCCGAACGUGUGCCGUCUGUGUCUGCAGGCGAAAUCCUCCGCUGAAGUGAUCUCGCUGGACAGCUAUUUCCCGGCAACGGGUUGUUCGUUGGCCGAGAUGCUCGAGGAAAUCAGCAUCAAGAUACCAUUCGAACUGGCCUGCUACCUCCCGGUGGAGAUAUGCGAGGGUUGCCUAGAAGUGUUCGAGUUUGUGUUCAAGUACAAAAGAAAACUGGAUUUGAUACACCGUUUCUCGAGUGCUCUGGCGGAAGUGAAGAACGGCAACCAGGAUGUCCUAGUGGAGCUUUUCGAAAAAGAGAAGGAAAGUUUGAAAACUUUGUUUAAGGAUUUGGAUCUCUGUGACCGGGAGGACGUUGGUGUAGAGGAGUUACUGGCGGAAUUCGACGAGUACGAUAUUGCUUCGACGAUUUGCGUCAAGGUGGAAACCGUUGACGAUGAUGAAAUCGACGGUGAAGUGAUGGAUGUAACGAUGGAUGAGCCGGAAGGGAAAGCGGCAGCUUCUAGUUUUCUGGAAGAGUUCCAAAAGGCGCUUGAGGAUCAGCAGAAUGAUGGGGAAGAAAGUGACGAGGUGAUUGAGCUCCAGCAGGAGAUAUUGUCAGAUGUAGAAGAGCCCAGUGUGAUUGCAAGCCAGAGCGCUGGAACGGAAGAAGAUUUAAAGUCGGAGUACACGGUGAUCGAAGGCGGCGACGAUGAAGAAGAUUACGAAAUGGAAAUGAAUUUUGAAUGGCCUGAAGCGGAUCAAGAUGAGCAACGCCCUACCCAGAAACGUAGAAUCUGUCGACUACCGGAAGAGCCAGCGGAAGAGCAGCAAUGCAAUUUGAACUGUACCUUCAAAACUACAUUCCCUUCCCAGUUCGAGCUGCACUUGGCCCGGGUGCAUCCGGAAGCGGCGGAAAUACUCUCCUGCCAUCGGGUGGCAUGCGAGGGCGAACUAUGUGAUUCGGUUGACCUGCUGAGGCAGCACAAGAACGACGUCCACAGUACGCACAUCUGCAUGGUAUGCGGCAAGGUGACGAAACAUCUGAUAGCGCUGGAAAAUCAUAUGCGAAGUCACGAACGCCAGCGGGAACCUACGGUGCAGUGUUCGAUGUGUGACGAGAUGUUCCGCAGCGAGCUGGAGCAGCAACGGCACGCCACCAAGGUCCACAUGGGACGAAGUUUGUUCGAGUGCCACGAGUGUGGACUUGGUUUUAAACAAAAACUAUUGCUAACGCAACACCUAUCAACGCAUUCCACCGAGCGUCGAUAUCUGUGCGAUCAAUGCGACCUUGCGUUCAAAACCUCCAACCAUCUCAAGCGGCACAUACGUACGGUGCACACCGAGGUUCGAUAUCCUUGCGCGCAUUGUCCCAUGACCUACGGGCGGAGGGAUAAACUGCGGAUGCACAUAGAACGAGUUCACGAUAUUCAAACUUACUUCGUGUGCGACAUUUGCUGUGCGUCAUUCGAGUCGGACGAUAAACUUCAGGAGCACAAGGUUCGCCAUGAGAACGCUCAGGAUUUGGAGUGUGGCAUCUGUUUGAAUGCUUUUGCAGCACCGGAGGACUUCAACGAACAUCAAUGCAUCACGUAUCAGGACGAUUACAUUUGCUGCGAUCGUGACUUCCGGUAUCAUUCGUUCUACAAUCGACACAUGUUCCUGGCGCACGGGAUGAGCACCAAUGCUCGCGUGAAACCUAAAUCCGGCGUCCUGAUGGGGAAGCAGCGUGCUCUAAUCAAUUCCCAAUCCACAGAAGCCGGUCGAACGGUGCACCAAAGCGAAUUGAAAAUCGAAUGA